UGUAGUCCCGCUCCCGGGCCAGGCGGCGGCCGGCGGGGCUGCUCCGGGGGACUACGUUUCCCAGGCCCCCCUGCUGCUCGUCCGGAGGGCCGGGUGUCAAUCAGGGCGCGUCAGCGGAGGGAGCGACCCGGGGAUCCCCCCCCGCCCCCCCGCCCUCCUCCGCUCCCGCUAAUAAUAAGUGCCGGAGAGCAGAGGAGCGGGGAGGCAAGUGUCAUGCGGGUGCGCCGUAAGGGGCCGAGGUCCGGCUGAGCGCCCGGCCCCGCUCCGCCGCCGGCGCAGCCUCGGGAAAAGCGGGGAGAGCCGAAACGAGCCCUGCGGCCGGUUCCCGGGGAAGGGGCGAGCACGGGAGCGAGGGGGCGAUGAGGCGCAGGAAGACGGCGGUGGCGGCCGCCUGCUGCCUCGCCCUGCUGCUGGGCACCCUGCUCAACGUGCUCUUCGUGCCCGGCUCCGAGCUCCCCCCGCCGUCUCCGCCGCCGCCCCGCGACGGGGCCCCCCCGUCCCCGCCCGGCGCCCCCCUGGAGCCGCCGGAGGAGGAGGGCGGCGGCGGCGGGCGAGCCGCGUUGGCGCGGCAGCUCCGCGAGCGCUACGAGGAGGUGCUGCGCUACCGGCAGCCGCGGGCGGCGGGGGUGCGCCGGGCGGUCCGGCCGCGGGAGCGGCGCCUGAUGGACCUGGCCCCUGCGCGCACCUCGGCCGAGCAACAGCAGCAACAGCAGCAGCCGCGGGGCCGGGCGGCGGCGGAGCGGGGCCGGGCCUCGGCCGAGCUGGGGCUGGAGCCGCCGCCGCUGGGCUGCCGCGAGCUGCGCGCCGCCGGCGGAGUGCAGUACCUGGGCUCGGGCUACACCAAGGCCGUCUACAAAGCGGUGCUCAACCGCUCGCUGGCCGUGGCGCUGAAAGCGGUGGAUUUCGGAGGGCACGACGUUUCCCGUUGCGUGAGGCAGUUCGCGUCUCUGGCCGACUGCUACCGCCUGGCCGCCUACAAGAUCGUCAAGGAGAUGGUGCUGCUGCAGCGGCUGCGCCACGCCAACGUCCUGCAGCUCUAUGGCUAUUGUUACCAAGAUAGCAAUGACAUCCCAGACACGCUGACGGCCAUCACCGAACUAGGCUCACCUUUAGAGAUGAUUCAGCUUUUGCAGACUUCCUGGGAAGACAGAUUUCGAAUAUGUCUCAGCUUAGUUCGGCUUUUGCAUUAUUUGGCUCACUCUCCUCUUGGCUCUGUGACACUGCUGGAUUUUCGCCCUCGACAGUUUGUGAUUGUGGAUGGGGAGCUGAAGGUGACGGAUCUGGAUGAUGCCAGUAUUGAGGAAAGCUCCUGCACCAGUAACAGUGACUGCUUUAUGGAGUUUCCAGCACGAAACUUCACUCUGCCUUGUUCUGUUGAGGGACGUUGCCAAAACAUGAAUGAAAAGAGGAAUCUCUACAAUGCUUACAGGUUUUUUUUCACGUAUCUUCUGCCACACAGCGCACCGCCCUCACUGAGACCAUUAUUGGAUAAGAUAGUCAACGCCACAGGAGAGCUUCAGUGGGGGAUAGAUGAAACAGCUGCUCAACUAGAAAGAGUUUUGAAUCUGUAUAAGAGUGGAGAGUACCUGCAGAACGCUACCCGGAUAUCGAAAUCUGCUUUUCAUCACGGUCUGUGCUGAGUGAUGCCUGUCAACACAGCAGAAUUAUUUUCAGCAGUACAAUCGAUAGUACAAACACGUCCUUUGUUGAAGAAGUGCCAGGAGGGCUGGAGUUUUUCUGUGAUGCUGGCUGAUUCCAGGUUUAACUGCCGUAUCAGGACAAUAUGAAGCUUUGAAUUUUAGAGGUCUGUCAUGUCUGUAAAGCAUCUCAGGGAAGAUAGCUUGGGACAGUAAUAGUAAAUGUGACAGUGCAAGUUUCUACUAAUAUGGAGCAGUGCUCCAUCUGUAUUUGGCUCCUACAAUAAUUACACAUUUUUGUGUCAGUUUAAUUCCAUAGAGUCCUGGAUAAUACAACACAGAAUCUGUCCUUUUUCACAGCUAGUAAUACCCUCCAAUGGAAGAAACCCCUUUUACUUUUAGGAUGUGGCUCAUGGGCUCGGGAGAAGCUGUUCUGCAGCUUGAGCAAAGAUGCUGAAAAUUGCUAGACAAAUGUGUGUUGUAUUUGACCAAUCUAAAAGGGUACUAAGUUAAAGGUUAGGAGUCUAAUGCUGAAUUCCCUGAUAUAAAAAAGAUCUCAACCAAUGGCAGGCCUGAGACAUCAGAUAUCUUGAUGGAAAUUACAUUUAGAUGAGAUAUGUUUUCAGACUUAGCUGCCAUGUCUUUAAGAUGUGCAGGCCUGUUUCUUGUUUGUUCUAAGGCUACUUUAACCAAACAGAAAAGAGGUUGUAGUUUAUUUCUAUUUUAAGGCUCAUUUGCUUGCCAGAAAAGCAUGAAGUCAUAUUACGAGGGUAAAACAUCCCUCCCUACCUGUUUAUUUCUAUCACUUUUAUCCGAAGUGCACUCUAUCCUCAACUAAUAUUGAACUUAUAAUACCAUGCUAGAAUUCAUAUCAGUUCAUUCAGUUAAUAACCUCAGUCCAUAGAUUAUUCAAUAAGUGAGAAAUUCUUCUGUCGUAUAGUAAUACUGGAAAAGAGCUAGUGUCUGAGUGGUCAUCCUAUUGCUGCUGGAAGACGUUUCCAACUGAGUUAACUUCUUGACCAGCAAAACCAGGAUUGAGCAUCUGAACAGGUCAAAUAUUUUCUGUAACUCUUGGCAGUGGAAGGGGAGUAUGAAAGGGACAGCCACAAUUGUUUCCCCUGCUGUCAGCUCAGGUCAUGCUUCAACUUUGUUUAGGAUCUAGGAGGACCCUGCAUUACUCUCUGAAAUCAAAGUAAACUAUUUUAGGUGAGAUAAUGGGAUUUUUUAAAACCUUUUUUAUUUUGUUCUGUAGCACAAUGAAAGUUCAAGGAGUGUGUCUUCCAAUCCAGUGUCAGGUUAAAGUAAAACUAGAUUGUGGUUUGGUUCUGAGGCCAGACUGAAGCUAAUCAAAGCUUUACCUUGGUACACCAGUGUGCCAAGACCUUGCAGACACAAGUUCACAUCAGUUUUGCUUUGGACAACGACAUCUUACAGAGUAUCCGACUCUGAAGUUUUUCACUCUUCCAAGUAAAUAGAAUGACAAAGAAUACUGUCUCGGUAUCUCUGGCAAUGAAGAGAUUUGACAAAGGAAGGCCUUUCCCAGGUAGAUGAUCUUUACUGAAAUCCUAGAGAAGAGUUCACAUCCAAUAAUUGCAAGAUUUUGUUUUGUGGGCUUUUUUUUUUAAAUUAAAAAAACAACAUAAAAGGUUUAAGUAAUGGUGCUUCAGAAUUUGUCUUGGGUCUAAAUGUUUUGAAUUAUCCAUUGUCUUGGAUAGAGCGUUGUAAAUUCUUUGUAAGAAAGAGGAGAUCAUGAUCUUGGGCAAACGAUCUAAGGCUGUAACUAAAACAAACUUUUAGAAAUCAGUCUGUUAUCUCUCUGAACCUAUGUUUUUGAAAGGAAGCCCUCCUCCUAUGAACAACGUGAAGUGAGAAAGGUGAUAUUGAUAAUCGGCAGGGAAGUGACAUGAGGAAAGCUCCUGUCAGCUCUAGUGUUCCCAUAAAGAAAGUUUAACAAGAUGACAUGGUCAUAUUACAGAAGGUUGUGGAUAUUAAGCUUUCACUGUGCUUCAGUUGUAAAACAUUUUAUAGUGCUGUAAAUUAUAUUAUACUCUGGACUUUGCUUUAGUAUCUAAGAAACAGAGUGGAGGUGCAGGAGACAUUCGAUAGCUUCAUAUGUGUUCUGUAAUCAUAAAUCACACUACUGUUAAUGUUGUUACAGGAACAUUGCAGUGUUUAAAACAACACUGAGCAAAUAUUUUAUAUUCUUUAUACUCUUGGUCUCUUUUGCUGGAAUCCAGAAGAAUGAAUUAAACCAGAAACCAUACAUUUCCUCUGGUGUAUGUCAUCUAAAGUGAUUAUCAAGAUUAAGAAAUAAGAAACCUACUGACGCUCAUCAGUGACACCCUGCCGCAGUAUCAAAAUUUGUAUUAUUUCAAUCGAGUGAUGCUGAUUUGUAGCAACUGGGUGUCUGGCUGUCAAGCUAAGCCUCAGCCUUUCGGUUAGUUCAGAAUUUACUCAGAAAUGCGUGAAAUCAGUUAACACUAGUAAAUCCGAUAGCUUUGUUAUUCAUUACAGCUAAUAGAUGACCCAUUAUUAGGCCUAAGGGUGUGCAAGCCCACAGAAAAGCGUAAUAAACUUCUGUUGUUAGUUGAAAGUAUGGUCACAUUGCUAAAAAAAGAGGCUGGAAGGCUGGACAUUAAGCAAAGACACUUUGUGUUUUCCUUUGUCUUAAGACAAUUUGGCAGGGUUAUGCUGUACGUAAACAUUUACAGUACAACAGUGUUUUGAGAAAAUAUUCUGCAGGCUCACUAUAGCAACCUGCUUAGGAAAUUGUAAAUCUACCCAAGAAUUAUUGGAGUUGAGCAGGGUGUGUGUGUUUGGACACAUGUGCAUGUGUGAGGGGAACUUUUGCAAGGUCGUUGCCGUACUGUUGGAAGCCAUUUGUCUGUCCUGCGGCAGCCCAAAGCACCCAGACUGGAAUGGUUCUGGUGAAGACCCAGCUGGGAACAGGCCGCAGUCCUCCCAGCCUGGCUUCUUGCUUUAUCUUGCACUUGUGCAUUUUGCCUUUUGUUCCCAGGGAUGUAAAGCUGCUUUGUGUUUGCUGAGAGGUGAAGGUGCGCUGGCAGUCUACUCAGUGCUGCUUUGCUGUUUCGUGGGCAGCCCAGUUCUUAUCUUUGAGCCCCAGUAUCCCAGUCUGUGCGGCUCCUGCUGUGCGAUGUUAAUGAGAAUAAAAUGUCACUGAAUCUAUCAUUCUCCAUGUUUAUUUGUUCUGCAGGGACAGCAGGCUUGCCAGUUUAAAUACAGCUCUGUUAUGAGCACAAUAGCAUGUGGAAAGAGGUAGGAUUUGCUUUCAGCCUGUGUGCGUGAAUCAGCCAAAGGACAAAAGUGCACACCAGAGAAGCAGUGCUGUCUCCUGGUCUUGCAGCAAAUCCACAUUCUGGCAGCCAUUACUGUCCUUCCAAACUGUGGGGUUUGUUAGAAACAAUUAAAAGCAGAGAUAUAGAUGAUAUACCUAGCAAGUUGUUUACUUUGAUGUACCAAAAAUGGCUUUUCUUAGCACAACUGAACAUAAGGCUUCUUGUUGGAAGAACCUUUAAAUGUAAGAUAUUGAGACAUAAGGAAAUUAUAAGCAGAAAACGAAAUGUGCGAAUAAGCAUAAGUACAUUAUUUAGGAUCUGAUUCUGUGCUCCUUAAUCUCCCUGGGAGUCAGCAGGACCAUAUAGCAAAAUAUUAUUCAGUACUGCUUUUACCAGGAUGACUGGCAAGACCCUUUCUGCUUACUUGUAAGCAAAGCAAUUAAAAAAAAAUCCAGAUUUGUCUGCUAGAGAUUUGUAUUGGUUGUUUUUUGUUUUGUUUCUUGUUUUUUUGGUUUCUUUUUGCAUAGAGGAGGAACAGAGGAAGGAGGAGAAGGAGUAAUGUGAUUUCUUUUCAAGGAUGAACAUUACUGCAUUGAUGUCAUUGACCCAUGCUGUACUGGCAGGUGAUAACUACAAAACUGGGCACAUUUCCAACGGGUAGCUGUAGUUGGUAGUAAAAGUGCAAUCUGGCUGCUGUGGCUGAAAUAAACGGUCAUUAGGACUGAUUAAAGUCAGAUUUUGGGUGACUCAAACAACCUAAAGGGGGGAAACCACAGGCAGUUUCACAGAGUUUACAGUAUACUUGUGGAGUUUUUUAUAUGACUCAGUAUAGUAUAGUGAAAAUUAGUAUGUUUAUAGAUACAUAGGUGAUUUUUGAUGGAAAGAUUUUAGAAUGAGAUUUUAAAGUGCUGGCUUUCUUUUAUAGCUCUUGCACUGGUCAGCGAGGUUGCAGUUUGUUUUGAGAUGCAUUCAAGAAGGCAUGCGCUUUGAAAAUCACCGUGGCUGUUGUGAGGACAUGCUAUUGCUGUAAGGAAAUCUUAAGAAGAUUUUGGACACAUUAAGACAGCAUGUUUUGAUCAUCCGGAACAAACUUCUAAAAACAUUGAAAAAGUAUUAAAAAACAUGGCAAAACAAAACUUUUGAGAACUGCCCAGAUUCAGCAUAGCAAGAUAUUCUGAACUUUCAAAAUAUUUACGUGGCAGGAAAAAUGUUUCCUGGUAGGAUUUAUUUGUGUAGCUGUGAGCAGCAAAUCAGCUCCUGUAUGUUAAGCUGGAGUAAAUCUGCUGUAAGCGACAUCACGAUCAAGCUUACUGCAUUAUUUUUAUUUGCUACAGCCCUCACAGCAUCAGUAGGUGGGAAGAAGGCUUCUUUUUCUGCUGUGAUAGGGGAGCAUCUUGCAUAUCUCUGAUCUGUUCUUUGCCACUACCUCAACAGACUUUAUAUACUCUAUGUCAAACUACAUAUAUGUAUGCAAAAGUGUAAAUUUAUGGCUGCAUUUAUAGUAUUAGGCAAGUAUUUAUUGGUUUUAAACACCACCAGUCUGGAAAUCGACCAGAACUUUGACCUUUUUAUGAUGUGAUUUACUGCCGUGAGCCUUCAAAUUCCAUGGACUCCAUUUAAGUAAGUUUCAGGUCUUGGCAGGACAAACAUCUGAGAUAGAGCUGCUUCUAACCCGGUGGAGAAAUGCUAAAUUGAGCAUGUAACUGUGCUUGGGUGACCAGGAUGAUCAUUUAAAGGUGUGGAGAAACUGUUGUUGGGUCUGAUAAACUUGCCUUGUAUCCAUAACACAUGACAAAUGCUAUGGCGUUUUUGUGUUCAUAUCUACUGUAAGGCACAUCACAAAGGCUCUACUGCAUUUUAAAAAUGAGAAAUGAAGGGCUGAAAAGGUUUGGAUGUGGGAAGGUACUGUGCUGUGAUAGCUCAGGAAAGCUUUGUUCUGUUUGCAGUUUAUUAAGCAGGUUUUCUCUAAGAGAGGAAAAGCCCUUUAAACUGAAGCAAGGAGUACUGAUGUUUGGGUUCCUUAGGUCUCUUCUGCACAUGAGCAUUUCCCUCUGACUGACAUCUGGACAUGAGUGAGGAGCUGGUUGCAGUGAGGUUUCUUUCCUGCUGGCUGAGGCUGAUAGGGGCAAGGAGCAGCAGGAGGCUUCGAUCACGGCCAGUAUGCAUUUCCAACAAGGGGCAUCCAUCAGGAGGACCCUUCCAAUGACUCCUCUCAAAAAGAGUGUAAUUCUUCUCAACUCAUGCAAAUUUGGGCUCAGGGGUCAGCUCCCUAAUUUGUGACUGUGUAAACAAGGGAUUCCAAGAAUGUUUGCCUUUGCAGUGCAGAGUGUGAAGGCAGCUAACUUGCUCUACUCAAGAUAAGGUGAUUUUUGGAUAAAAUUACAGUUUCUUUAGACCAGUGCAUGGUUGUCAUUGCAAUGAGUUUCAGAUUAUUUCUGUCCUCUGUAUCUUGAGGAAAUCCUGUUUUGGUUUCCCAAGGUGGCAGGAGAACCUGGCUGGUUUGGAAUGACCCCACGCCCUUGCCUGUCCCAGUUCCCUAGGGGCCAUGCUGCCUCCUCCUUGGCCGCUUGGGUAUAGCACCCUAAGUACCAGCUUGGAGGCUGCAUCCCCUCCUGCUCCAUGAGCCAGGGCCCCACUUUCACCAUCACAGCUGUUGCUGGCCCACCUCUGUCAGUUCACAUUUCCAGUCUGCCCAAAAUGAUUCACCAGGCUCUGUGUUUUUGCAUCUCACUUGCAUGCAUCAUUUUCCUUGCCUGGGCUGCCAGGCACUGAUCAGUAUUCAACAGCUACCAUACAGAGAUAAGGGGAUAUUAUUCACUUAGAUGCAAUUAUGUUUUCACAGAGGAGAAAAAAAAAAAAAAAAAAAAAAGGUUUUUCCUAUCCACUCAGUGGCAGUUUGAUUUAUGCUCUGACCUCUUCAGAAAGAGUGUAUAUGUAUUUUUGGAGGUGAAAUGAAUGUUUCCAAUGUGAAACUAUUUUUUUUGUUGUUCUUAGGCUUUUAUAGUUUUCUUCAUGUGUGCAAGUCUGCAUUUCCUAAAUUAACAUAAGGGAUUUUUGCCUUUGAUGUAAGUGGGACAUGAUCAGCUCUGAUGUUUCUUCCUGUUUGUGAGUGUCUUGCAGUAAUUUUAAUGAGACAGGCUUAAAAAAAGAGUGUGUAUUUACUGCAUUUGUUUCCCACUGUUUCAGACUAUGCGGUGUGAAUGAGCGCUUGUGGGUGUGCAAUUCUUUUCCUGAUUGAAAUACUGGCAGUUUAGACUGGAGGCAAGUGUGUCUGCUGGCUUGGUGAUGUUCGUAAAAUGUGCUGGCAGGCUGAAUCUGCAAUGUCAGGAAGAAAAUGCCUGAAUCAAAGUGUCUUAAGAAUAGGCUGUGUGUCAGGAUGGGCAGCUCCGGUUUCCAUAACAGAUACAAUUAGAAGACAUAUAGAAUGUAUUUAUUUUUUGAAUAGGAUGUGGGAGGAGAAGCGACAGGAGAAGAACUGUCUGUUUGUGUGUCUGGAAGCUAAAUAGAGAUGUUUAUAAAUGAUUAGUUUAAUUUGCUGGCGCAUUCAUUAACGAAACUCCCAUACGCGGCUGGGAAAGCAAGAGGAGCUGUGAACAGAGAACAAGGGGAGCUCAUAAAGGCAAGAGAGACUGAACGGCAGCCAAGGGGACAAGCAGCGCACCGGGCAGUGUGGAGCUCAAGGCAGCCGUUGCGCUUCCUUAUGCUUUUUUUUUCCUUCCUCCUCCUGGAGGCCCAUCAAGCAACUCCCCUUUUGUGCUCAUCUGAGCGAGCAAAACAAAGAAGUUUGCUUAAUUAAAAGGCUGUCUUUUCUUCUUCCUAUAAAGGGGAUGGAGGAAAAUGGCGUGCCACUGGGAACACGAGGGAGGGCUGGAGUGCCUGGUGGGCUCCCCCAGCAGCCAUGCUCCCUGGGAAGUGGGACAGUCAGCUGAGUCAUUUGAGUGGGGAUGUUGGUUCAGUGGGACAUUCUUCCCCUAAAAUCCCAGUAAAACCAAGGUCUUUUCUGCACACUGGUGAAGGGGAAAUUGUUUUGUGCACAGACUGUUUAUAUGCAGAUGCUUUCUGGAAGAAAAAAGGUGAGGAGAAAGGAAGGAAGGAACAGGAAAGUAAGGUGCAGAGCUAUAAACACGUUUGGAAGUGAAACAGGGCUGUUACAGUCACUUUUUUUUUUUUUUUUUGUGUCAUAUAUUCCUCUCCUAAUCUGUUGAAAUAAACCUUGCCUGCUAAGAACAAGCAGUUUGCCAGACCUUUCAGAACUGUUGUUUUGCUGUGGUUAU